GAGAGAGAAGAGUGGGGGUUCUUCUUUCUUCUUCACUUCUUCUCCCCGCCAAAAGAACAUUAAUUCCCCCAAAUCUUAGAAAGAGACAAUCAAUCUUCUUCUCCGGCCAUAAUAAAUCUUCUCUCAUCUAAACCCUAAAACCAUGGCACCAUGAUGAAUAAUCCUCCCCAUCCACCACCUAGCGUUCAGCGCAAGCUACUCGUCGAGGUUAUCGACGCACGUAAUCUCCUUCCCAAGGACGGACAGGGAAGUGCCAGCGCUUACGUCGUCGUAGACUUCGACGGACAGAAGAGACGAACUUCCACCGUAUGUCGAAAUCUCAACCCAGUAUGGACCGAAGCUAUCGAGUUCAUUGUCUCCGAUCCGGCCACUAUGGAGUACGAAGAGCUAGAGAUCGAAGUCUACAAUGACAAGAAAUUGAGUCACGGCAACGCCCGCAAGAAUCAUUUCCUCGGCCGGGUUAAGGUUUUCGGCAGCCAAUUCUCGAAGAGAGGAGACGAAGGCUUGAUUUAUUUUCAAUUGGAAAAAAAGAGUGUUUUCAGUUGGAUUAGAGGCGAGAUUGGAUUGAAGAUCUAUUAUUACGAUGAGAUUCUCGACAACCACCACCAACCCGACCUCAAUACCGAACCUCCACCUCCUCCAGAUAACAACAACAACAACAACAACGACAAUCCUCCACCACAGCCACCUGCUCCUCCGCAUGGGCCGCCGGAAGGCGGCAGGGUUUUAGAGGGUCCCGUUCCAACUGAUGUAGCCAUGGAAGGAUCUCACACGCCGCCCAUGGUCACAAUCGAGGAGUCUCCACCCCUUCAGUCCAUGCCAGGACAAACCAACGAGUACCCGCAUCAUCCUCGUCAAGGUCCUCCUCCUCCUUCUCAUGUUCAGCAUUAUUCAUUUCCUCAUCAUCCGGAAGCACCGCCAACGAUACAUCCAGAGCCGCCUCCGCCGCAGCAACCACCGGCUGAAAUUAGGAAGAUGCACGCUGGGAGAACUGAAUAUACCGACAGGGCUAGAGUUUAUCGGCGGCCAAGCGGGAACUACUCUCCGAGAGUUAUCUCCGGCAGAUCUACAGGCGAUUUGGACAGAAUUCCGGCGUAUGAUCUCGUCGAGCCGAUGCAAUAUCUUUUCGUUCGGAUCGUUAAGGCUCGCAGCCUCGCACGCAAUGAAAGCCCUUAUGUGAAAAUUCAGACGGCGAAUCAUUUUGAUAAGUCGAAACCGGCUAUAUAUAGGCCCGGCGAACCGCCGAUGAAUCCGGAAUGGCAUCAGGUAUUUGCACUUGCUUGUAAUAAGCCUGAUUCGACUAGCUCCACUCUCGAGAUUUCAGUAUGGGACGCACCAACCGAAAGUUUCCUCGGCGGCGUCUGUUUCGAUUUGUCGGACGUCCCUGUUCGAGAUUCACCUGACAGUCCUCUAGCUCCGCAGUGGUAUCGGCUCGAAGGCGGAGAAGAUCCGAGCAAAGUCACCGGCGAUAUACAGCUGUCAGUUUGGAUUGGGACUCAGGCUGACGAUGCUUUUCCAGAGGCUUGGAUCUCAGACGCGCCUCACGUAGCUCAUACUCGUUCGAAGGUCUAUCAAUCUCCCAAACUCUGGUACCUCAGAGUGAUGGUUCUUGAAGCUCAGGAUCUCCACAUUGCGCCGAAUCUCCCGCCAUUGACGACACCGGAGAUUAGGGUUAAUGGGCAGCUCGGAUUCCAGUCCGUACGAACGAGGAGAGCGAUGAUGAAUAAUCACACGGCGUCUUUCUACUGGCACGAGGACCUCGUUUUCGUCGCCGGCGAACCGCUAGAAGACAAUCUGAUCUUGCUCGUGGAGGAUAGAACCGGGAAAGAUCCCGCGUUACUCGGCCACCUCAUGAUUCCCGUCGGUUCGAUUGAGCAGAGGAUUGACGAACGAGCAGUCGCAGCUAAGUGGUUUGCUUUGGAAGGUGGCGGAGGAGCUGGACCGGGGCCUGGUCCAGUUGGUGGGCCGCCGCCAUAUUACGGACGAAUACAUUUAAGGCUGUGUUUGGAAGGAGGCUAUCACGUGCUGGACGAGGCCGCCCACAUUUGCAGUGACUUCCGGCCGACGGCGAAACAGUUAUGGAAGCCAGCGAUUGGGGUCCUGGAGCUGGGAAUCCUGGGGGCGCGUGGGCUGUUGCCUAUGAAAUCCAAAGGUGGAGGAAAGGGAUCAACAGAUGCUUACUGCGUAGCCAAGUAUGGAAAAAAGUGGGUCCGGACAAGAACCGUGACCGAUAGCUUUGACCCACGUUGGAACGAACAAUACACGUGGCAGGUCUAUGAUCCAUGCACCGUUCUCACCAUUGGCAUCUUCGACAAUUGGCGCAUGCUCUCCGAUAAACCCGAGGACAAACCGGAUUGCCGGAUCGGAAAGGUUCGGAUCCGGGUGUCCACACUGGAGAGCAACAAGGUCUAUACCAAUUCAUAUCCUUUGUUAGUCCUUAUGAGAAGCGGGUUAAAGAAAAUGGGCGAGAUCGAAUUAGCAGUUAGAUUCGCCUGUCCGUCGUUGCUGCCCGAUAUAUGCGCGGUUUACGGGCAGCCCCUACUGCCCAAAAUGCAUUACCUCCGUCCGUUGGGUGUUUCCCAACAAGAGACAUUGCGUGGGGCUGCCACAAAAAUGGUGGCAGCCUGGCUGGCACGGUCUGAGCCGCCAAUGGGGCCGGAGGUUGUUAGGUACAUGCUGGAUGCAGAUUCGCAUUCGUGGAGCAUGAGAAAGAGCAAAUCCAACUGGUUUAGGAUAGUGGCGGUUCUAGCGUGGGCAGUCGGGUUAGCCAAGUGGCUAGACGACAUACGUAGAUGGAAAAACCCGGUCACAACGAUCCUAGUUCACUUGCUCUACUUAGUCCUGGUUUGGUAUCCGGAUCUUGUGGUCCCAACGGGUUUUCUAUACGUGUUUUUGAUCGGGGUUUGGUACUAUCGGUUCAGACCGAAAAUACCCGCCGGGAUGGAUGCUAGGCUUUCGCAGGCAGAGGCGGUGGACCCGGACGAGCUGGACGAAGAAUUCGACACGAUCCCGAGUUCAAGGCCGCCGGAGUUAUUAAGAAUGAGGUACGAUCGGUUGAGGAUGCUGGCAGGGAGGGUUCAAACGGUUCUAGGGGACAUUGCAACACAAGGGGAGAGGGUCCAAGCAUUAGUGAGCUGGAGGGAUCCAAGGGCGACUAAGCUGUUCAUAGGGGUGUGUUUGGCUAUCACUAUAACAUUAUACGCAGUUCCCCCCAAAAUGGUGGCCGUGGCUAUGGGGUUCUACUUUUUGAGACACCCAAUGUUUAGGGACCCAAUGCCCUCGCCUAGCUUGAACUUCUUUAGGCGAUUGACCAGCCUGUCCGAUAGGUUAAUGUAGUUUACUUCUAUUAUUAUUAUUAUUAUUAAGAGUUCAAAAAGUUUUAAUCUUUUUUUUUUUUUGGAUAAAACAAUCCAUGAUGAAAACAGGGAUACAAAUCCCUUCUUUUUUGGAAUGGGUGGAAAUUUUGUGUUCACCCCCUCUUUUAUAAUAACAUAGGGAUGUGUGAGUGGAAAAAAAGCAUCCCUUCAUUAUUAUUGACUCUCAGCUGCUCUGCCAAAUCAUGACAAAGAUAAGAAAGUGUGGAGGCAAAAGAGUUGAAAAAUGUAUUGAUUUUGCUUUCAUUUUUUUCUAAAAAGGUGAGACAUUGAUUUGAAAACAUGUUUUCUUCUUGACUGUUUCCACACUA